AUGCCCGUCCGCUCACCAUUCGCCGACGUCGACGUUCCGUCCGUCAAUGUCCUCGACUACAUCUUCCCCAACCCCGGCGACGUCAGCGACAAGCCGCUCUGGAUCGACGCCGACGACAACGCCAAGAGCCUGUCGCUGCGCCAGACCCUCGGCUGGGUGAAGAGACUCGGCGCCGGACUGCAGCGGCUCGGCCUGAAGCGAGGCGACGUCGUCAUGAUGUGCUCGACGAAUCACAUUUUCGUGCCGGUGCUGUAUCUCGGCGUCGUGGGCUCGACGUGCGCCUUUACGGGUGCCAAUCCGGCCUACACCCCAAAAGAAAUUGCAUACCAAAUCACCAAUGCCCAGGCCAAAAUCAUCCUCGCCCACCCCUCCAAAAUCGACGAUGUCCUCGCCGCCGCCGCCGAGGCCAAGUUCCCCCGCGACCGCAUCUUCCACUUCAGCGACGACAUCUCCAGCGAUGCCGCCACCACCACCGUCAAGGGCCUGCGCGACUGGACCGCCUUCCUGGCGCCCGAGGACGCCGCCUCCGCCUGGGCGUGGCCGUCGCUGACGCCCGCCGAGGCGCGCACGCAGCUCGCCACCAUCAACUACAGCUCCGGCACCACGGGCCUGCCCAAGGGCGUGUGCGGCGCGCACCGCAACCUCAUCGCCAACGUGCAGCAGAUCCUCGGCGCGCGGCACCCGCACGGCCUCACCCCGGAUCUCGAGGACGACGUCUGGCUCGCCUUUCUCCCGCUGUACCACGCCUACGGGCAGAUGUACACGAUCCUCAUGGCCGCGCGCCGCCACAUCACCGUCCACGUCAUGUCCGUUUUCAACUUUGAGCGCUACCUGCAGUGCAUCGAGCGCUACCGGCCCAACGUGCUGCAGGUGGUGCCGCCCAUUGUCGUCAUGCUGUCCAAGCGGCCCGAGGUGAAGAAUUACGACCUCUCGAGUGUCAAGGACGUGAAUUGCGGCGCGGCGCCGCUGAAGGCGGACCUGCAGAACGAGGUCGCGGACCGGUACGGCUUGAAUCUCGCGCAGGGCUGGGGCAUGACGGAGCUGACGUGCGCGGCGUCAUGUCUGCCGAGCGGGCACGUCGACCGCGAGGCGAGCUGCGGCAUGCUGCUGCCCAACUGCGAAGCCAAGUUUCUGGACGAGGACGGCAAGGAGGUCGCCAUGGGGGAGCCGGGCGAGCUGUUCUUGAGGGGACCAAACGUGAUGCUGGGCUACUGGUGCAAUGAAAAGGCGACCAAGGAGACGCUGGACGCGGACGGGUGGCUGCGGACGGGCGACGUGGCCGUGUACAACAAGCAAGGCAUGAUUUGGAUCGUCGACCGCAAAAAGGAACUCAUCAAGGUCAACGGCCUGCAAGUCGCACCCGCCGAGCUGGAGUCCCUGCUCCUCGACAACGAGCACGUUGCCGACGCUGCCGUUGUCGGAGUCGAACUCGAACACGAGGAAUACCCCCGCGCCUACGUCCAGAUCCAGGACGUCUCCAAGGGCAAAGUCCAGCCCCGCGACAUCCAGGACUGGCUCGCCGCGCGCGUCGCCAAGCACAAGCGCCUCGCCGGCGGCGUCGCCUUUGUCGACGCCGUGCCCAAGCUCGCCAGCGGCAAGAUUGUCCGCAAGCUCCUGCGCGAGUGGUCGAAGCGCGACGCCGCCGAGAUGCAAAAGGCGGGCUGGACACGGUCCAAGAUGUAG